GAGCAGCCGUUUCGGCCCCGGCGCCUUUUGGCCCCCCUCGCGCCACGCAGCGCGACCUUCCCUUGCCCCUCUUAAUUGCCCCCCCCCGUCCGUUCGAGCUCGAGAUGUUGGCGGCCCGAGGCGCCGCGCGCCCGCUGCUGCAGCGGAGGUCGCAGGUCGCAAGGACGUGGCGGCUGGCCUCUACCACUGCCCUCGACGCGAAGGUAGCUUCCUUCAAGGCGCACGUCGAGAAGCACCUGCCCGCGGACGGCAAGGGCGUGUGCUUCGCGACCGCCUGGCUUGCGACCGACAACGUGUUCGUAGCGCUGAUGCACGAGCACUUUCCCAAGAUUCUCGCGGGCAUGAACCUGGUAGCCAUCGACACGAUGCACCUGUUCGACACGACCCGCCCGUGUGCCGAGCAGGUGGAGGCGAAGUACCAGAAGAAGGCGCUGUGGAAGACCGUCGAAGGGGUCACCACCCGCGAGGAAUUCAACGCGAAGUAUGGGGACUGUGAGGAGAUGGAAACAGCGGACUUCGACUUCGUCAGCAAGGUCGAGCCGUUCCAGCGAGCCUUGGCAGAGUGUAACAAGACCAUCCUCAUCACGGGUCGGCGCAUGGACCAGGCGGCCCAGCGUAUCUCGUUGGACGUCUGGGAAGACGGCAAGAGCACGCUGAACCCAAUGGCCGACUGGUCGUGGAGCGACAUCACCGCCUACGCAGAUGCCAAGGGCGUCCCUGUCAACGAGGGCCACAGCUACGCUUACCGUGCCCAGGCGCCGAUCGAGGCCACGAAGCGGCACUUGCCAGACCUCCCGUGGGAGAAGGUGCCGUUGGGCAAGCCGUUCUGGCGGUGCUCGGACAAGGAGAUCAAGGGCGACCCUCCGGCCCCCAUCACGUACGUGUUCAAAUCCUUCGGCGACAUCCACACCACCGUGCCCGUGGAGCCGCACGAGAGCGAGCGCGCGGGGCGCUUCGUGCGACAGGCGAAGACGGAGUGCGGCAUCCACACGCGCACCACCACGGCGGGCUCCCCCCACGGCGGGGCGCUCGUGGACCUGAUGGUGAAGGACGCGGCCAAGGCCAAGGCGCUGGUGGCGGAGUGCACCGCGGCCAUCGAGCUGAACGAGAGGCAGGCUUGCGACGUGUUCUGCCUGCUGAACGGGGCGUUCAGCCCCCUCAAGGGCUUCAUGGACGAGACGACGUACAAGUCCGUGGUGAAGGACAUGCGCCUUCCCGAGAAGCAGCUCUUCGGCCUGCCCGUUACGCUUGACGUGGCCGACACGUCCGGCUUCAAGCAGGGCGAUAAGGUCGUGCUGAAGUGGAAGGGCGAGGACGUCGCCGUGCUCGAGGCCUCCUCCAUCUACACGCCAGACAAGACGGUGGAGGCCAAGGAGUGCUACGGCACCUCCAGCAUCGAGCACCCCACGGUGCACGCUCUGGUGCAGGACGUGGGUCGCCACUACGUCGGCGGCAACCUGCACGGCAUCAAGGCCGUUGCGUUCCCGUACCCCGUGCAGACGCCCGCCGAGGUGCGCGCCGUGCUCCCCGAGGGCAAGCCCGUCGUGGCCUUCCAGAACAGGAACCCUAUCCACCGCGCACACUUCGAGCUGCUGGUGUGCGCCCAGCGCGACGUGAAGGACUCCAUCCUCCUGGUGCACCCGACCUGCGGCCCGACGCAGCCGGGAGACAUCGACGGCGUCGUUAGGAUCAAGACGUACGAGGCGUUGAACGCGGAGACAAAGGAGCAGUACCCAAUGUUCCGUUGGGCGUACCUCCCGUACAGCAUGAAGAUGGCUGGGCCUCGGGAAGCGAUCCAGCACAUGAUCAUCCGGAAGAACUACGGCGCCACGCAUUUCAUCAUUGGUCGUGACAUGGCUGGAACGAAGAGCACGAUCACGGGCGACGACUUCUAUGGGGCGUACGAUGCGCAGGAGACGGGCAAGAAGUACGAGGCGGAGCUGGGCAUGACCGUGACCCACUACGAGAACAUGGUCUACGUCGGAGAGGAGGAAGGCUACGUGCAGGAGAGCGUGGCCAAGAAGGCGGGCAAGAAGAUCGUGAAGCUGAGCGGGACAGAGUUCCGCAGGAGGCUGCGCGCUGGCGAGGAGAUCCCAGAGUGGUUCGCCUUCAAGUCCGUGGUCGACAUCCUCAGAAAAGCCGGCGACAGCGCCUUCUGCUGAGGCCCUCGGCCGCCUCCAGCGCGUGCCCGCCUUCCCUCCGUCCUCGCCUCGGGUCGGACGACCCGGGGGGAGGCGAAGGUGCCGCCUCCCCCUGGGCUUCCGUGUUGCUGCCGCUGCGAAGGGACACACGGGGUCGGCUGCGCGGACAUUCGCUUUGCCCGAAGCUGGGCAAGAAGCCAGCCGUCCGCGGCCGACUGCCGUGCGCGGUGCGCGAGGCCUCUCUUUCCUCGCCGCUCGGCUGCCCGUUUCGGCGACGCGCCCUCUACGCCCUUGUGAGCACGGCUUCCGCGGGAAGCGCCGCGCCCGAGAACCCCCCCCAGACGGGGACCGACUCUCACCAUUUUUGUAUUUUGGACUCCUGCCUGGCGCGCCGCCGCGCGCGCCGCCUCAGGUUUCAGACGACGCCAGGUUGCUUUCACCAUUUUUGUAGCUGGCUGCCUGCGGCAAGUCCCGCCACCGCGCCAGGCCCAGCCUUUGGGGCGGCCGCCUUCCGAGAGGAUUUUGGACUCCUGCCUGCGCCACUGCGCGCGCCGCCAGGUUUCAGACGACGGCUGGGCACGAAGAAGGCCAGGGCACAGCACUCGCUGCUCAUCAAAGAAAGACCGUCGAGGAGCAGAAAGCUGCAUAGCACAAGCUGUCAUAGGUCCGCGCGGAUUUCCUUCGGUCGGCGCUUGGUUCCCCUGGCGGCGCCCCCGGCGCCGUCCUGGCGCGCUCCGAGCACCAGAGAGGGGGGUCUACUGCCAAUUCGAGAAAUCUGCGCGGACAUACGAAAGUGUAUGUUUUGCAUGUUUUUGUUGUUCUAGAUAUCCGCAUCUGCCUCCAGGCCGAACCGACUCCUUCCUUGGAGGCCUCCAGAAACA